CUCGCACAUCAGUACGCGGUGCGAUUCGUCGGGCUGUGGUGGUGGCGCGGUCGGCGCUAGUGUUGAAUGGAGCGUUCGCUUCGUUGCUCGAAACUGACAAGCUGUUUUUUUCUUAUUUUUCUUAUUCUCCACGUGACGACGCGGUCUGGAUUAAUGUUACCGUGACCUGAUCGUGGCGUGCUGACCAUCUUUCGUUGAUGAGGUUGUGAACGAAUAGUGUGCCGUAUUUGUGUGGUUUUUUUUUCUCUCUACUCUCAUCUUACUGGAGGUGAUUGCCCUACGGAGGGAAGAUUGCUGCUGCAGUUUUGUCGGGUGAUUCAAGUACUUUACGGAUAUUUGUCACACGCAAGGCUGGCCGGGCCGUCGGACUGGGGAGACGCGGCGAAGCGGGCAAUCCUCGUCUGGAGCGGCAGCGAUGCGGACGACCGGGGGCGCUCGGACGUGCCCUAGCAGCAGCGUGGGUUAGCACGGAGCCCCGCCUGCCCCCGCCGCCCCCGCCGACAUGAGGCGGCACGGGUUCCCGCCCCCCGACCCCGCCGUCAUCAAGGGCUACCCCGAGGAAGGCGGGCCCGCGGGCAAGGGCUGGGCCAGGCCCGACCCCUACCUCCUGCAGCAGUACCGCACCAAGUACGGCACCCUCUCCGCGGGCAGCGCCCUCUGCAAGUCCAUGAAGUACGCCGAGCCGUGGCUGUACGGCUCGCUGGCCGCGCGCCGCCCCGUCGUGCUGCUCUGCGCGUGCCCCGAGUUCCUCUCGGGCACGCAGCGCUCCAGGAGGUCCCCGCCGGCCGCCUGCAACAAGUGCGGCGGCUCGCGCUCCGCCUGGGGCGCCCCGGGGCCCCCUGGCGGGACCGUGCGGCUGGGUCCCGCGCCCGCGAGGGGCUCGCUCUUCGCCGUCGUGCCGCGGGACGGCAAACCCCCAACCCCCGACCCCUACGACCUGAUGCGCAGGAACAGGCUGGGCAGCGUCACGCCCACGGAGCCGCCCCCCAGGAUGAGCGCCUACGAGCCGACUCGCGCGCGCGCCAAGAGCUCGUCCCCCGGCCGCCGGAAGGGGCGUCGCGACGCCUCGCCGCCGACCGCGGCGACUCCCGGCCCGCGCGCCAGCCGCAGGGACGCCGCCUGGGAAGGAUCCCCGGACUCCGGCAAGAGGAGGUCCAUCCUGGAGUGCGACGUGAACGCGUACGAGCUGAUCGCCAAGUACCUGCGAGGCGGCGGCGGCGGCGGCGGGGGGCGCGCGCGCGAGGGGAACCCGGACGACGAGCUCAGCGACGGCCUGAGCGACAACGCGCUGGAGGACCUGCCGGCCAAGCCGGCCAAGCCGGCGGCGGCCGUCAAGGGCAUCACCCUCGGCGGCCAGACCAUCCGGCUGUUCAGCGGGGCGGAGGAGUCGCCCCCGGCCAGGAGUACCCCCGCGCCCGGCGAGACCCCCUCCCUGAUCCCCCGGCUCGCCUCUCCCCGGAGACCGCCGCGCAGGCUCAAGCCAAGCCACCACAACCAGCCUCCCCCCUCCCCGACGCCCGAGGCGGCCGCCAUCAAGUCCAUACUGAAGAAACGCGCCGCGGCGAGAACUUUCGGCGACACCGUUUCCGAACCGGACCCUGCCGCCUCGGGGCGCCGCUCGCCGCAGCCCGGCUUCCACCUGCCCACCUUCCAGGAGUACCGCCAGCACAGGAAGAAGAAGCAGGUGCAGUUCAAGGAGCUGCGCGCCGGCGACGAGGCGCAGCAGCAGCAGCAGCAGCAGCAGCAGCAGCAGCAGCAGCAGCAGGGGGACCCGGGCGCCGGGCGGCUGAGGGGCGGGGCCUCGCAGUGCAGUGCAGUGCCGGACAGUGACGUGUACCCCGCGGCUCUGCUCGCCUGCAGGGAUGGACCUGCCGCCGGCGGCAGCGAGGGAGACCUCGUAGCCGCCAGUCGCCGGGAGUCCGGCCAGCAUGGCGACGGACUCCGGAGCGAGGCCAGGGACGCCGCGGCCCUGCGCCGCAGCCUGAGCGAGCGGCUGGCCACCACCCCCCACGCCUCGCUGCACCUCGCCGACAGCCGGCGCUCCGCCCUCUUCAACGACACCAUGCGGCUGCGCUUCCAGCCGUCCCGGCGCGUGGACGCGCGGCGCGUGUUCCGCGACCAGAGGCUGCUGAGCCCGGUGCGCGCGCGGCCCCGGGACCCGCCCCCGCCGCCGCCGCCGCCGCCGGCCCCCGCGAGGCGGCGCCCCGGCUCCUGGUCGCCGCCCCACGAGGACUCAGCCAAGAAGGAGCACCGCGUCAGCGACCCGGGCCCGCUGAGGCUGCAGGUGGCCACGCCCGAGAACCCCCCUCUGGCGGAGAGACCCGACCAGGAGAUCCGCACCGUCGUCAGCGUCUCGUCGCCGCCCCAGCAGGACGUGCACCGGCUCGAGGUCAGGGACCCGGGUCCCCGCCGACAGGGCUGCACCUCCAUCAUCAUCGGCGGCGGCGGCGACGACGGACCGGGCCUCGGGAGGACGUCGGUGAUGAUCGGCGACGACGGCGCGGGGACGGCGAACGUGAACACGGUGACGAUCAGCGUCGGGGGCAUGCGGAGGAGCUCGUCGUGCACCUUCAUCGAGACGUGCGGCCGGGUCAGCUGCGUCCCGAUCGACGUGGAUGAACCGUCGUCGUCGCCGCCGUCCACCACGACGACGGUCAUCCCGGUUUCCUCGCCCCAGAGGACCCUGGUGGUCCUCGACCACUGCAGCACCGUGGAGGUCUCCGGGGGCGCGGGCGAAGACGCGUGCGCGCGGCUCGCGCCUCAGGACGACGUCUCAGAGACGCGUCCGGAACCAGUAGUGGCUCCCGAUUGCGAAGCAACCAAAGAUGAGGCUGACGUGCCGCUCAGCCCCACUGUCAGCCCGACGAACAGGGGCCUCGUCGACGACCAGAAGUCACGCCUGGACGACAAGGACGCCAUGAUGGACCCCGUCGAAGCCGUGAAACGAAACCUCGUGCCUCACGUCUGCGGGAAAACCGACGGGAAAUGUUCGUCGGGACGAGAAUAUCCCGCAGAUCCGGACGACGACAACAUAUCGUUGCUGUCGGAGAAGCUGAAAGAGGACUUCUACCUGGUCGCGCCGGCUAUUUCCAGGAGCUUCGACGGCCGCUUGUCGAAGGACCACGUGGAGGUGCCCGAAGCGCUGAUGGAGACCACGGAGGACGAGGACGACGACAUCACGGACGACGAGGACUACGAGGUCUGCUCCUCGCAGCCGACCAUCGCCGCUGACGAAGCCACCGCGAACUUCGACGACGACGGCUCGUCUUCCGUCAGAGACGAGGCGGACGACUCGUUCCAGACGCACCCGGCCGCGCCUCGGCCGCGGUUCGUGGUCGACGAGAAGGACGACGACGAUGAUGACGAGGAGGAGAACGAGUACGAGAGCAUCAAGGACCACAUCUACGAGGAGAUCGGGGACGCGCCGCCGCCGCCGCUGCCGCUGUCGCCGCCGCCGCCGCUGGACGGCCGGAGGCGGUGCCCGCGGUCCAUCUUCGAGGGCGCGUCCAAGCACGACAUCCUGAGCUACCUGGAGGGCGCCAAGGAGCGCGGCAUCCUGCCCGAGGAGUGCUACUACUUCAGCGGCGGCAGCAGCGCCAACGGCGACGAGCCCUUGGACCUGGGGCUGGGCGACCUCAGCAGCCGCGUCAGCCACAUCAGCAACAACAGCGACUCCAGCGAGGACAGCUGCAACCUCGUGGUCACCAGCACGGACGACGAGACCUGCCCGGACAAGGCCCGCAGGAGCUCGGCGGACGUGGAGAGGAACGACUCCGGGGUGGGCUCGGAGACCAGCAAGUCGAGCCGCAGCCGCUGGCAGCAGCACGCGCCGGGCCCCGGGGGUCCCCGCGGGGACCACGACGAAGACCAGGAGGACCGGCCGAGGCACCUGUGCGAGGACUGCGACCAGCCCGUCGAGACCCAGGUCGCCGACAGCGGCCUGAUGUUCGCGCCGCUCGUGUGCCGCAAGUGCGACCGGAGGCGCGCCGAGCGGAAGGACACCAUCGCGGAGAUCGUGGAGACGGAGGAGAAGUACGGCCGCGACCUGCGCAUCGUGCUGGACGAGUUCUACCGCCCCAUGCUGGUGGCGGGGCUACUCACGCCGGACCAGCUGCAGGCCAUCUUCCUGAACGCGGAGGAGCUGCUGGAGCACAACUCCUCGCUGGCCGAGAAGCUGCGCGACGCCCUGGACAUCGCCCUGGAGCAGGGAGACGAGGACCUGCUGACGGUGGACGUGGGUCGUCUCUUCCUCGACGCGGCGCCCAUGCUGCACGCCUUCGAGUCCUACUGCACGCGCCAGGCGGCGGCCUCCCUGCUGCUGGCCAGUCUGGAGAAGGAGAAGGAGCUGCUGCGGAUAUUCCUGAAGGUGUCGCAGAUGGAGAACACCGUGCUCCGCCGCAUGAACCUCAACUCCUUCCUCAUGGUACCCGUCCAGAGGGUGACCAAGUACCCCUUGCUGCUGGCGCGCCUCUACAAGGUGACGCCGCCGCACCACAGCGGCCGAGAGCUGCUGAAGGAGGCGCAGCACAAGAUCGAGCUGCAUCUCGAGCACAUGAACGAGGAAGCCAAAGACUUCACAUCCACGAAACUUUGGAGAAGGAUCUCGAUAAUGAACAGCCGUCGAUCCAGUGGGGAAACUGACAUCAUUAACAUCAAGCUGAGAAAGAUGGCCCUGGACGUCCUGGAGUGGAACCAUGACGAGGCGAGGUUCGUGAUGGAGGGGAAGCUGCUGUACACCAACCCGACAGACAACAACUGGCGGAGGGGUCGCACCAUCAAGCUGAACCCCAUCAACGCCAUGCUCAUCACCAACGGGAAGCCGUCCGAGGAGCACAAGCCGGACCCGGGAGACGAGGCUCUGCUGUUCCCGAGGAAGACGGGAGUUAGGGAGGCCACCCUGCUGCUCCUCAAGGAGAAGGGAGGACGCUACACCCUCAUCAGGGAACCCCUGUACCUGGACAGGUGUAUCGUGUGCUGCGAGGCAGAGUGGGAGGACUAUUUCGAAGUUCAAGAGCUCGCAUCCAAGGACACCUUCAUUUUUAAGGCUGAAGACGGCGAGCGCACCAAAGCGUGGUUCCGGCAGCUCCAGUCCCACUCCCAGGGCCUCGGCGCCUGGAGGAAGAGGCGCAACGCCCUCGCCAACAUCAUGAUCAACGGCAUGCUGACGCGCAACUAGCCCCCCCCGCCGCCCGGCCCCCGUCGUCCCGGGGCGAGCCAGUUACCAGCAGACUCCUCGAAACAUAUCACGUCUGCCCGCCGAGGCCUGACGAGGGCGUCGUUUUUUUUUCCCCACACGCGAGUGGUCUCGGAUGCCUUGCACUCAUUUCGCUUGUGCCAGGCAUUGCACUGAUGCACAAACAUAUCAUUGUGGGGGAAGAAGGGAGAACCAACCGUAGACGUUGUGCCAGAAGGGAUGACCACGACUAGUAUUAUUUAUCAAAAAAAAAAUAUAUAUAUUUUUUUUUUUUACUUAAAUACUCUCUUAGAGAAACCUCGUUCAGUCAAGUUUUUUUUUCUUCCGAGAGCAUUAUUUUUUUCAUUUAUGCUCCACAAAAAAAAUUACAAUCAUCAACCCUCGACACGAAGAUAAUGUUAUAUACGUACAGUAUAUAAAUACCUAUCUAAAUAGCAUUAGAGAAUCUAAACACUGAUUCUGUGUACCAGUGAAUCUUAAGUGGUUUCCCGAAAGUCUUGGGAGAGAAAGUUUCCUAAGUGUGUCAGGUUUUUAGACUUGUUUUCAUUUGCUAGUAUUUAUAUGCAUGUAAAACCUGAAACCAUAAAUAUAUAAAAUUCUAAAAAAUAUCCCAUGUGUAAUUGAAAAUUAUUUGAAGACAGGUAAUUAAAUAUUAAAAUAAAAAUAAAUGUAAUCAUAAAAGGAGUAGUAAACAUAAAAUCCUGGUUUUUCUUGAGGACAUAAGUAGUUGUUUCUGCUGUAGUUGCUGAAACUGUAUUGCUUACUAAAAUUUCCUUUCAGAGAAAUAAAUAUUAUCAGUGUUAGCCGGAUCCUACCAGAAAAUUGUAUUUCCUUCCUAAAAAUAAGUCAAGAUUUUAACUUUUUAAUGAACUUUAGUACUAAGUUAUUGAUUACCAGUCAAAAAUAUUUUGAAGGGCGCAUACUUCCAAGCUCUUCCUCAUACAUUACCUCAAAUUAAUUUCAGGCUGAUAGGGUACACGUUUGCUUAUAAAUAAGUACCAUGAUUUCCACGUGGGUGUACACUUCAUAAUAACUAUAGGUAGUUAUAAUAUUCUGUACAUAUUUCAAGUACACAGAACAUAUGCAAAUAAUCAUAAUAUUUGUAAUGUGAAUUCUUUUUAAAAAAUGCCACUUUUCAAAAUACCACUUCUAUGAGUGUCUUCCACAGCCUUUUUUUUUUCAUAUUAAGUUUUUAAAGAUGAACUUAUAAUUUUUUCUAAGAAAUCUUUGUAAUUUCAAACAUUUUCUAAGCAUGUUGAUUGUAAUAUACUCACUAGUUUGUACACUUUUCUGGCACAAUGUACGAUAUUGUGUGCGGUACUGCACACUUCCUUAGGCGUAGGAAAAAUUUCACAGAAUCUUAAAAUUCGAAACAUGUUUUCUAUUUUGAGAGCACUUUUAAUGAAUAAUGUAUACACAUGGUUUCACUAUAUUUUUUUCAAAUACUCUUUUGAUACUGUUUAAUCUCGCACAUCCAAUAUGAAUGUGUGUUCAUGAUGAAGCGCACAAAUCUUAAGAGAACUGGCAACAGAGUUGCUUGUUCACAGACUUGGCGCAUGUGUGCUGUGAUAUAUUUGUACUGUAAACACUUUAUAACCUAAACUUUUGCAGUGUAAAUUUGUUGUAUAAUCACCUACAGUGACUUAUAAAUUGUAAUGUGAAUUAAUAGUUGUAAGUUUUGCAAGGUUAUGUAGUACAAGUAGUGUCAAUAAAAUGUACAGGACAUGUAAAAAAAAAUAUCACUACUUUAACUUGUUUAUUAUUAAUUGGGCCUCUGUACAAAUAGCAGUUAAAUAAAUGAUGAAAUACAAAACUUGGUGUUUCAUUAUACACGAUACGUCGAUACAGCAAAUAUGUUUUGAGAUGAG